AUGGCUGGUUUUCCCUUGAUGCGCCAGACGAAAGCCGAAAUGCUCUGCAGAGAGGCGACAACUAAGCAGGAAAGCCACGCCGAUCAUCCGUUCCUUGUCCCAGUCGCCUUGCUAUUGAGAGUCACGAGUGUAUCCGUAUGCUCUGUCAGUCAACCUAGAAGCCGGCUGUGGAACACGCGAUGGGGAUGCAACCUAGAAGAUGCAAAUCACCAUUUGCACUUACCUCGGAAAGGACGGCGAUACUGGAAUCACGAGAAGCAUGUAGUUGUGAUCUUCACGAUUAUUUCACGUCACAAUUGCAGCCGUCAAUUGCCACCUGAUGACGAUACCUUUGAGAUAUCCCGCCUUUCAUUGCCGCCAAAUGUUCCACAACAGUUCUCGCUGAUUAGAAUCGUUCGAAUAAAGGUCAAUAUGCCAGGAUUGAGCACAACAGCCCCCCCAGCCAUCUUGCGGGGCCGUCCGGUCGAAUACCAAAUCUGGACCAGAUGUACCGCUGAGCAGAGGCACUGGAGUUGGACGGUAGACUAUCAAAAAGGUACGAGGAUCCGUCAUACGGCCCUCGUCUCCCAAGCCAAGCGUUUGGCCCAACAAGAAGCUGUAUCCCUCUGA